UGAGCUAUAUUUAAUGGUUAAGCAAUCUACAUGGAAUAUUCCUUCUACAUAUUGUUUGAGUGUUGAGGGUUUUUGUCAGUUCUCCAUUCCCUUGUUGCUUCGUACCCACUGUUCUUGCAGCACCCGGUACACCUGAUCUCUGCCCUCCCUCUGCCGCAGCAACCCUCCAAAAUGAGUGGGACCAGUCGGCACCCGGAGGUUCUGUGGGCGCAGCGCUCCGACAAGGUGUACCUGACGGUGGCGCUACCGGACGCCAAAGACAUCACCGUCAAGUGCGAGCCUGAGGGAUUAUUCAGCUUCUCCGCCGUGGGAGUCCAAGGCGAGCCCUUUCACUUCACUCUCGAGCUGUACGGUCCAAUAACCCCUGACGGCUGCAAAACCAGAACUGGGUUGCGGAACAUUCUCUGCUCGAUCCAGAAGGAGCAGAGAGGUUGGUGGAAGCGGUUGCUGAAGACGGAAGAGAAGCCGGCGCCCUACAUUAAAGUUGAUUGGAACAAAUGGUGCGAUGAGGACGAGGAAGCUGAUUUGGCCCCCGAUGAUGAUGAUGAUGAUGCGUAUGUUGGUCAAGAUGGUGGAAGCAGUGACGACGAAGGAAUGCUCUAUCUUCCGGACCUGGAGAAGGCGAGAAAGUAGGAAGACGAUGACGAAGUAGUGAGUUAUAUGAAGUUAGUUAAACUUGAUGGAAGGCGAAACACUUUGACAUGACAGAUCCUUUGUAACUAUUUGAUCAUAUCCUCCUCAUGCUCUAAACUUAGCAUUAUCUUUGGUUCUAACUCCAUGGUUUCAAAUUAAUGUGACCUUAGCCCUUGUUCAGCCAGUCAGGGCUAUAAA